AUGAAUAAAAAAUUGCAAUUAAUCACUACUCAUAACUAUUCCUUAAUAAAUUAUCUUAAAGUAUUCCAAAAGAAGCUACAACUCCUCGACACUAACAUCCAGCCCCAAUCAAAUUAACAAAAUGGACAACUCACUUUCAUUGCGAGUUAAAUUCAGAUAUACUCCUUAUACGAUUCCUCCAACUUGUUCUAUCUUGCAGAAGACAACGACACAAUUAAUAUAUUAUUAAAUAGUGAUUCAAAUACCAACGGAUGCACACAAUGGUUUCAUUUUCAGGUUUAGGCAUUAAAACCUACAGUAACAAUAAAAUUUAAAAUAUUAAAUAAUCGAAGAAGACAAUAGUUAUUGACUAAUUUCAAACCCUACACAUCCAAGUCAACCUGCUUUGAUUUGCACUACUACAAAACCAACAUCCAUCAUCCCUACUAUGCAAAUGACGACUCAUAAAUAGCGAAAUACCAACAACUAAUGCCCUUCUACACUCUAGAGUUUAAAUUCACCUUUUAAGACGACGAAAUCGUUACCUUUGCAUAUGCUUAACCCUACCCACUCUCUAGAGCGCUAUCCUUAACUGAUUAUAAGACAGUUGGAUACACAUAACUAAACAACCCAAUCAUACAAAUAAAAAGAGGCAAAGCCAAAUAAUAUGUCGUAAUCUUGGCUCGAUAGCAUCCUAGUGAAACCAGUGGGUCAUUCGUAGUUGAACAACUAAUCAAUAUAAUCAACUCUUCCAAAUAUAGAUAUAUCAUCUAUCCGAUGGUAAAUCCAGAUGGUGUGUUCUUAGGCAAUAGUCGCUGCAACUUACAUGGUGUUGAUUUAAAUAGAAAAUGGAUUAAUCCUCAGUUAUAGUCAGAACCGGAAAUCUACUUCAUCAAAUCUUCUUUAGAGAAAUAUAAAUAGAAAAUUAUCAUGAUGGUCGAUCUGCAUGGUCAUUCGACCAAAUAACACUAUUUUAUAUAUGGGUGUGCUAAUAAUUAAAAUAACAAUAAUGAGAUUAAGAAUUUUAUCGCUAAAUUUUCAGAUCACUCCUUAUUCCAUAUGAAGCAUUGCUCUUUAGAAACUUAAGCCAACAGAAAGAGUACUGCUCGAUAGACAUUCUGGUAUCAAUACAAGGUGUAGUUUUCAAUUACUAUUGAAAUAAGUUUGUUCGGUUCACUAAAUGGCAGAUUCAGUGAUUCAGAUUACAAAGAGAUUGCUCAAUAAAUAUAUGAUUCUAUUGAAAAGUGCAAUGAACCCAUGGCUGAUCAGACUACAUUGCCAGUGAUUGAUUGCUUGGGCAAUGAUUAGGAUGAGUCGGAUAGCGAAUGCGAAUAGGAUUUCGCUUAUGAGGUAGUUUAGAAGAGAGAUAGUUACAAGGAACCCAAGAAAUUCUUGUUCAAGUAGAAAACCAUAUAGACAGAGACUCAAUGCAUUUAGUAGGAUUAAUAAUUAAAAAAAUUGUUAUUGCCACAAAUAAAGAAGAUCAAAUCGAUGACCAAGUCAGAACACAAAUCUUCAACUAAAAUGGAGUUCGAAAAUCAGAUGAAAGUCAAAUAAGAUUCAUUUUAAAAAAAUUUUAAUAUCAUAAAUUAUUUCCCUCAAAGAAAUACUCAACCAAAGAGAAUGAGUUCUAUAAAGAAAGAUUUGAAUUUAAAUAAAUGCCCUUAAAUAAAGGUAGAUUAAAUGAAAAAUUAUUGA